AUGCGGCCGCCCGCGGCGUGCCGGGCGCGCGCGCGCGCGCGGGCCGCGGCCUUCGGCAUCGCCGAGUCGCGGGCCCCCAGCUUCAAGCGCUCCGUGCACAUGGGCCCUUCACUCCAGACCCCAGGGUUCGUGGGCCCCAGACUCAAGGGCACAGCGCUCAUGUGCCCGAGGCUCCAGGGCGCACGGCUCUUGGUCCUGCGAGGCGCUUGGGCUUCAGACUCCAGGGCUCAGGGCCUCGGCCGCCUGGCCCUGCUCCUGCACCUGGGCGCCGCGCACCUGGCCCUGUUCCGGCUGUGGUACGGGUGCGGCCUGCGGAAAGCUUUCACGACCAUGCGCAACACGCACUACCGCGACCUGCGGCUGGCCGUGCGCAUCGCCGAGGGCGGCGCCGGCCGCGCGGCCGCCGCCGGGCGCCCGGAGGCGGCCGCGGCGCCCGAGGGCAGGCUGGCGCUGCUCUUCAUGCUGAGGGGCCGCCUGGACCACCUGGAGGCCUGGCGCGGGUGGCUCGAGCCGGAGGCUGGGCGGGAGCCUGCCGCCAGGCGGGUGUCCCUGUACUUCCACCUGGCCGACGGGUCCGACGGCGAGGCCUCGCAGGCCACCGUCUCGUCCCUGCUGUCGCUGCCCUGCGCCCGGCAGGUCGUGGCCACCGUGGCCACUGGGUGGUGCGAGCUCAUGGCGGCGGAGGUGGCGCUCUACCAGGUGCCGCUGGUGACGCUCGACACCGCGCUGGCAAGGCUGCUUCGGAGGCCGCACUCGCGGUUCUGCCUGGCGGGCGUCCGCGGGCUGGAGGUGCCCAGUGAGUGCUCGUACGCCAUGGAGCCGCACUGGGACCGAGCGCUGCUCUUGAAGCACCACCAGUGGACGGUCCUGAGCCGGGUGCACGCCGCACGGCUGGCGGAUGCGCGAGCACUUGGAGCCGCUGCUCGCCUCUUCGAGGAUCGGUUCCUGGGAGAGCCGCUGUGCUCCGAUGAGUUGCUGCCCAUACUCACGCUGGCGAUGCCGAACGCGUCCGCGAGCUCGCUGUCAGGAACUACGCGGGUAGAGGAGCUGCCGUUGCACGCCGCUGCCACUCGAGGCAUUCAGGCUCUCGAGGAUGGUCUCGCUGAACUCGGCGCGGCCGCAGAGUGCUCCCUCUACGCGCCCUGGCCGGGUUGCAGCGCUGGCCUGCCUGGAAAGGAUAGGCGCGCCAAGAGCCCGGUGGCCGGCGGCGGCCUGGAGCCCGCCGAGCGCGACAGGCUCAUGCUCGACCUGGCCGCCCGCGGCGUGGUGUUCGGCCGGAAGCUCGGGCUCGGGGGACCCGGCGGCUGGCAGGGGCACCUCGCGCUCAUCGGGCAGCAAGCCGGCAGCGGCCCCGCGGGCGCCGCCGCCGCGGCGCCGGCGCGCCUGCUCCCCGGGGGCGCCGCUGGCCUGGGCGCGCCGCGGCUGCAGGAGCUGCUGCUUGCGGGAGAGCCCGAGGCAUUGUGGCGAAUCGCGAUGUGGCUGAGAUGGGGACUCUCGACUGCCGAGGCGCUCGUCAAGCCGCCGUUGCAAGUGGCCAUCGCCACUGCCCUGUGCUUGAUCUCGGGCAAGGUCGCAAUGAAGAGCAGCGGCAUCUCGGAGCUCACGCUCACCAGGCUCAUGAGGCUCUAUGUGGGUAUUCACCUUGUGGUGUUCCUUGUCUCCAUCACG